UUCUUAUCUAAUGAUUCACAAUUUAUGGAAGUUUCUUUAAAAAGAUGUUUCCUUCUCAUUAAGUAAAUUGCUACUUACAUUACAAAAAAGUUCCAUUUGUACAAAAUUCGAAAUUAAAAUAGGAAAAAUAUGAUGGAAGGUGAAUUGAAGGACAAUAUUGAUAAAUUAGUUGAAGAACUGCGAUUCGUUGUAAAAUCUGAGAAAGAAAUUGAAGAUAUUAUUCAAGUGUUAGAUUCUAUUGUGAAUGUUAGCAAAACUUCAAUUGGAGAAGCUACUGAAUUUACAAUAGAUGAUGUUUUCCUAACCUUAUUGCGUCAUGAAUCUAAAGAAAUUAUUGCAAAGACUGCUAAAGCAAUUGCUGAGAUUGCUAAAAGUGAAAGGGGAAGAGAAAAAUGCACUACCACAGAUCUAGUAAAUGCAUUAAUAGAUCUAUUAAAAGAGGAUCGCGUUGAUGUAUUGACACAGACUUCCAGAGCCUUGGGAAAUAUUUGUUACGAGAAUGAAAAUGGUAAAAAGUUUGUUGAGGACAAAAAUGGGUUGAUAUCAAUUUUGGCAGUAUUGGAGAAAAGUAUUACGUUGGAAAAUGUAGAAGGUGCACCAUUUCUUCGCAAUGUUGCUGCAGGACUUUUGCUAAACUUUCUUAUUGACCGACCGUCUCUUCAUACAGAGGCACUGAAACAAGAAGUAGUGCCAAUUAUCUGCAGUAUUCUGGAAAUCGAUGGAAUUACAGGUGGAGAGGCUGCAAUGCAUUCUCUUUUGAUACUAGGAAUACUGAAUGAUGCUAACAUAAUAUUUUUAGAUGAAAGGGUUAUGAAAAUUUUAAUAAAUAUCUUAUCCACUGAUACAUCAUCAGAACUUUCUGAAAUGUGUUUAGAACUUCUUCAUGGACAAGCAGAAGAUGAGAAUGCCAAAUUGAUCCUUGCUAAAGCAGGUGUUUGUGAGUUACUGUUAAAGUUAUUGGAAAAACAUAGUCCAUACUGUACAGAUGAAGAAACAAGAUCUGUGUUGAAGAUCGCUUGCAACUUAAUUGUUCUUAUAUUAACUGGAGAUGACAGUAUGAAUUAUCUAUAUGAUGAAAGUAAUGGUGUUGCAUAUAAAAAGCUAAUUGAAUGGCUCGAAAGCGAAGAUAAAGAUUUACAAAUUACAGCCGUCUUAGCAAUGGGCAAUUUUGCGCGUACCGAUGCCCAUUGCAAACUCAUGGUUACGCAAGGUGUUCAUUGCAACCUUCUGAAACUGCUACAGAAAAAUAAUACAGAUAUAGCUGAUAUAAGAUUUCAACAUGCACUACUCAGCGCUUUGAGAAAUCUUGUUAUUCCUGCGGAUAAUAAACCUGUAAUAUUAAAAGAUGGGUUAAUAAACAUUUUGUAUUCUAUGCUGAAUGUUUCAUCUUAUCCAGUUGUAUUUAAGCUACUGGGCACUUUAAGGAUUGUUAUUGAUGGCCAAAGUGAGGCUGCCAUAGAAUUAGGAAAAAGGGAUGGUUUAAUAAAGAAAGUUGUUAAUUGGUGCGAAGUCGAGGAACAUCCUGGAGUUCAAGGCGAAGCAAAUCGUUUAAUCGCUUGGCUAAUUAAUAAUAGCAGAAAUAGAGAAAUAGCACUUCUAGUAAUGGAACAUGGAGCUGUGAAACACCUAGUCAAAAUGUUAACGACACCACACGUUUUAAUGCUAAAUGAAGCUUUAAUUAGCUUGAUGAUAUUGACUACAACUUCCCUGAUCGAAUGUGAAAAUCUUCUUCUUGAGGCUGAUAUAGGAGAAAAACUUUGCACACUUUUUACUACUUUAAACAGUUUGGAAGUACCAAUUUUGCAUAAUGUUUUAAGUCUAAUAGAAAAUAUUCUUAAUUUAGAUGCCUUAAGAGAACAUCUGGGAAAAACUGAAUUGAUAACAUUAUGUCAAGGAAUAAAUCUAAUCAAAGAAGAACCAAAACUUAAUGAAAAAUUGAAAAAAAUUUGCGAUAAAAUUGUGUAAUUAAGUAAUUAAAGAAAGGGAUAUUGAAAACGUACAAUCAUAUAUAUGAUACAAACAUCAAAAAUAUGUUUUUUGUUCCUGUUUAAUGAUUAAAGCGAUGCCAAUAUAACGUAUGCAGUUUAUGAGCAUAUAGAUCAAUUCCCAAUUUAUAUUUAAUGUUGAAAAAUUAUAAGAUGUCAAAAUUUUUAUUAUGUAUGUGAGUGUAUGUGCGUGUGCGUGAGCAACCAAAAAUUGUGAAAAGUAACAAUAACAAUCAUAUAUGUGUAAUAUGG